ACACGAUUAUUCGACGCCAACGAUACAUCACAAAGAUAAUAAUAAGUUCCAUACCUGCAAAGCCUUAUCACGUUUUUUCCAAAACACUCCACCAAAAAUGUCCGACAAAGUAACAAUUACAGUGAACGAUGGAAAAAUACGAGGCAUCAAACAAACAUCUACUUUCUCAGGAACAGAAUUUUAUUCUUUUCACGGAGUACCUUAUGGACAGCCACCUGUAGGAGUUUUAAGAUUCAAGGAUCCGGUAAAAGUGAAACCAUGGAAAAACAUUUACGACGCAACGGUCGAGAAACCAGGAUGUGUGCAAUUUUCUUUGAGGAAACUUCGCAUUAUGGGCACAGAAGAUUGUUUAUUUGCUAAUAUCCAUACAACCAAACUACCGCCGCAAGGAGAUGAACCUUUGAGAUCAGUAAUCGUGAAUAUUCAUCCAGGAGCAUUCAUGUUCGGUAGCCCAAAUAACGAUCACUUUGGAUCACCGAAUUACAUCAUGCAAAACAACGUCGUAUACGUUUGUUUGGCUUUUAGAUUACAUAUUUUAGGAUUUCUCAACUUGGGAAUAGAAGAAUGCUCGGGAAAUCAGGGAAUUAAAGAUAUCAUAAUGGCACUUCAAUGGGUCAGAGACAACAUACGAUAUUUUGGUGGAGAUCCAGAAAACGUAACGUUGUUGGGGAGCAGCAGUGGAUCAGCCAUUAUUCACAUACUAAUGUUAUCUUCGGCAGCAAGAGGUUUAUUUCAUAAAGCUGUAAUGAUGGGUAUGUAUUUAUUCGAUCCGUCCAUACCUUUUGAAGACUCGCAAGGAUCUCUCGUGAAGGACUAUGUAACUGCACUCGGUUACAAGGGAAAUACCGAUGACAAGAAAAGAGUGCUUUCGUUCUUGAGAAGACAAAAACCCGAAGUGCUUCUAAUACAACAGAGAGAGAAACAGAAAAAAAUCCAAGAGAAUUUAGCUCCUCUGAUUCCGCUAGGAAUCUUUUUGCCAACAAUCGACCAAGGGGAAAACGCAGUGUUACCAGAAUCACCACGCAAAUUAAUCUCAUCCAUGAUGCGAAUACCUCUCUUGAUAGGAUUCUGUGAUAAGGAAUCAGUCAUGGGAUUUUGCCUGGGAGAAUUGAAAAAAAAUACGGAAAAAAAUUUCAUGACAUCGUUUUGUCAAAAUAGCUGGGGAUGGGGAUACGAGUUACGAGAGAAAGAUAUCUCAUUUAUUCGCAAGGAAAUCGAAAACUUCUACAAUCAAGGCCAACCCAUAGAACGUGCCAUUUUAUCGGUCAAAACAGAUAUCCAAACUGAUAUAAUAUUAUCAGACGUUUACGACACACUGAUCAACGUGAUAGCAAACGAUUUUCCCGAAUCAGUAUACGUAUUUGAAUUCAAUUUCGAAGGCGACGUUUACACCAUAAAAACAGCUGUGAAAGAUGUACUGGGAGAAAAACUAGAAGGCACUUUUCACGGCUGUGAUUUCAAUUAUUGGAGUUGCUGCGAUGAAAUUCCAAAUAACGAGACUCGAGAAAUGAUCAGUGUUUUUACAUUGGCAAUUUCAACUUUCGCAAAAACUGGCAAUCCGAAUUGCGAACAUUUACAUUUUCAAUGGAAACCUUCCACAAUUUCCCAGCCAUGCUAUUUAAAUUUCAAUACAACAAUCAAAAUAAUCGAUGGGAAGUUGAACGACAAAAGAUCGCAAUUUUGGAACGAGCUGAGAAAAAAGAUGGUCAAUAAGUAAAAUAGGCUGUAACAUUAAUGAAUCCUAUACCUCAUAUAAAUGAAAUACAUGUUCGCAUAGAUUGAACCUUUA